UGUAAGUUACUGGGGCCGGGUAAUUUGCCAAGUCUUUUUCAAGAGGGAGAAAUAAUGAUUGGAGGUAUUUUUCCUGUUUACAACAAAGAGAUCUUCAAUGCGUCAAGGUUUCCUAGUGAGCCUGCUGCAGCCACGUGUACUGGAUUUAACCUGCGAGUUUUCCGGUGGACACAAGUGAUGAUAUUUGCCAUUGAAGAAGUGAACAGGAGUCUUCUUCUUUUGCCAAAUGUGACCGUGGGUUACAUGAUUUUAAACUCGUGUUCAUCUCCCAGCACUGCAUUGAAAGCAGCUCUGGCUAUGGCUGGUGGUGUAGGGAGGACUCAACCACCGGCCUGUACUCCAGCUGUGUCUGCUCUCAUCGCAGAAUCUGGCUCGUCUCAGUCUAUAGCUGUGGCCGGGACUCUGGGGCCGUUUCAAGUGCCUGUUGUGAGUUAUUUCUCCACCUGUGCCUGCCUCAGCGACAGAGCCAAAUUCCCAUCAUUUUUUCGUACAAUUCCCAGUGAUUAUUUCCAGGCCAAAGCUUUAGCUGCUCUGGUAAAACAUUUUAACUGGCACUGGAUUGGAGCUGUGCAGUCGGACGAUGACUAUGGGAGAAACGGUGUGUCAGCAUUCAUCCAAGAGGCUAAAAAACUUGGUGUCUGUGUGGCCUUUGUUGGCACUGUUCUUAGGACGUACUCCAUGGACAAAAUCCUCAAAGUUGUAGAUAUGAUUAAAAUGUCAAGCGUCAAAGUUGUACUCGGUUUUGCUCCAGAAGGGGAUAUGUACCCCUUGAUGCUUGAAAUAGUAAAACAAAACAUUACAGGGAUUCAGUGGCUUGCUAGUGAAGCUUGGAUCACAGCAGCUGUGCCCUCAACACCAGAAAUGUACCCAUCAUUUGGAGGAGCAUUGGGAUUUGUUAUGCACAAAAGAGCAAUUCCAAAACUAAAGUCAUUCCUCACAGAUAUCAACCCCUAUGCCAGUCCCGAAGCAGCAUUUGUGAAGGAAUUCUGGGAAGAUGUGAUAGGAUGUACUCCAAAUAUAAAUGGAGUAACUGAGGAAUAUGAACCAACAAAGAAACUCUGUACAGGGAAGGAGACACUGAAAGAUUCUGACCAUGUGUUUUUUGAUGUCACACAAUUGCGGGCGUCCUAUAAUGUGUAUAAUGCUGUAUAUGCAGUCGCCCACGCUCUGCAUCAGCUUCUCUUCUGUCAAGCUGCACUCAACCAAACCUUUAAACAGUGUAAGAAGGUGUCAGAAAUCAGCCCUAAACUGGUGACAGAGAAUUUGAAAAAGGUGAAUUUUCAGAACAUGUUUGGAGACGACAUAUUUUUUGAUGCAAAUGGAAACCCCCCUCCGUCUUAUGACCUCAUAAACUGGCAGAUGUCUGAGGGCAAAGUUCAACAUGUCACAGUCGGUCACUUCCUCUCAGCAAAGGGAGACUAUAAGCUCAGAGUUAACGAAAAAGACAUUAUCUGGAAGACAGAACAAACGGUACCCAAAUCUGUAUGUUCAACUCUUUGUCCAGUGGGAACCAGGAAGGCUCAAAUUAAAGGAAAACCAGUGUGCUGCUUUGACUGCAUCCCUUGUGCUGAAGGAACUAUAGCCAAUAAAACAGGGGAGGUCGAAUGCACUCCAUGUCCUGAAGAAUAUUGGUCCAACAGUUUAAAAAAUGCAUGUAUUCCUAAAACCAUGGAGUACUUGUCCUACCAGGAACCAAUGGGAAUUGCCCUCACGUUUGUCUCUCUAAUGGGGACUGCUCUGUCAAUGGCCACUAUGUUGAUCUUCAUUCUAUACAGAGACACCCCAGUUAUCAAGGCCAGCAACACCGAGCUCAGCUGUUUCUUGCUCUUCUCUCUGUUCUUGUGUUUCCUGUGUCCACUCACAUUUAUUGGGAAGCCUACCAUGUGGACGUGUAUGCUGCGUCAUACUGCUUUUGGAGUGACUUUUGCAUUUUGCAUGUCUUGUGUUCUAGGCAGAACUAUUGUGGUGGUUGCAGCAUUUAAAGCAAUAUUUCCUGGAAACUCUACAGCAGUGAAGUUUGGUCAUGCGCAGCAAAGAAUUAUAGUUGGUUCUUGUACCUUAGUUCAAAUUCUGUUAUGUGCUGCCUGGCUUAACAUAAGCCCACCAUUUCCAGAUAGAGUGUUCAAAUAUAGCAAUACAAAGAUAGUUUUAGAAUGUAAUACAGGUUCCCAGCCUGCAUUCUGUGCUGUUCUGGGGUAUAUUGGGCUAUUGGCAAUAACAUGUUUAGUGUUAGCAUUUUUAGCCCGUAAGCUGCCUGAUAAUUUCAAUGAGGCCAAGUUCAUCACCUUCAGCAUGUUGAUCUUCUGUGCAGUCUGGAUCGCUUUUAUCCCAGCUUAUGUCAGCUCUCCAGGAAAAUUCACUGUUGCCGUGGAGAUUUUUGCUAUUUUGUCAUCAGCAUUUGGUUUAUUGAUAAGUAUAUUUGCCCCAAAAUGUUAUAUUAUACUGAUCAAACCAGAGAAAAAUACAAAGAAAUAUAUGAUGAGAAAAAUAUGA